AUGCCUGUCUAUCCUCAAGGAAUGUUUCCUGGCCAGUUGGCGAUCAUCACUGGAUCUGGACAGGGUAUUGGCGCAGAGUGUGCUCGUCUCUUCGCAAAGGAGGGCGCCAGAGUAGUCGUUAGCGACAUCGAUGCAGCAAAGUCCCAACAGGUCGCAGAUGAGAUUAAUGCCUCUGGAGGCAAGGCCAUCUCAGUCGCUGGUGAUAUUCUCGACGACAACUACAUCAACACCCUCGUCAAGAAGUCUGCUGAGUUUGGAGGUGGCAAGGUCCAUGUCAUUGUCAACAAUGCGGGAUUCACAUGGGACGGUGUGAUUCACAAGAUCACAGACAAGCAAUGGGACAMCAUCCUCGCUCUCCACAACACUGCUCCCUUCAAGCUCAUUCGCGCUGCGGCACCCUACUUCCGUGUCACAGACGGCGAACCUCGCAACAUUGUCAACAUCUCCUCUACAUCCGGCCUUCACGGAAACGCAGGACAAGCGAACUACGCACUCGCCAAGGCUGGUGUUGUAGGCCUGACCAAGGCUAUUGCGAAAGAGUGGGGCCCAAAGUUUGGUGUCCGGGCGAAUACGGUGGCUUUUGGACACAUCCAGACGAGGUUGACUGCAGCGAAGGAAGAGGGUGCUUUUGUGACCGCGCCCGAUGGAUCAAAGAUUGCGCUGGGAAUUCCCCAGGCGCAAAAGAACAAGGGACAGAGCUUCGCAGACAUUCCUCUCGCGAGACCUGGAACCGCUACGGAGGCUGCUGGUGCUGUCAUGGCGGUUUGCAGUCCUUUGUUCAGCUAUGUCAGCGGACAGACACUAAGUGUCACGGGUGGAAGGAAUAUGUAG